AUGAGUAUGACCUCGUCAUUCGCAGGAACUACACUUCUCAAACACAAGGAAGAGCCGCAGAUGCUGCAGAAGUCCUCGACCGUCCUGCUGAUAGAUCCCGUUGGCGGCCAGACCACAGAUGAUGUGAAGCAUCGGACACAAGGAUGCACGAUGGUGUUCAUUUCCUUGCGCAUGAAGCCCUACCACAGCGCCUUCAGUCAGUCUGCGGAACAUGCGAAGCGCCUGUACCAGCCAAUCUGGUCAAAAAACGAACUUGAGUCGCAGCGAGUGACUCUGUUCAAAGGUCAGAGCAAGGAAAGUGUGCAGAAUGCCCAUGAUCUUCUUGGUGGAAGUGUGCGAUGGUUGAGGCGCUUUUUCCAGCUUGUAGGAGAGGGCAAGACGCCAGAUGAAGCCGCCCGAGAGCUGAUACGUGAGUGCAUCCAGCACUUGGACACAUUUGAAUCGUUGGAGAGGUUGGUGCGAUCUCUUCCCAGUGGCAAGGCAGAUACGAAGGAGAGCUUGGCAAGUUCUAUAAUGCAAAUUGAUGCAGACCACUCUGACAGUUUCAGCACGCCCAGGGUGCAACUUAUCGAUUCGGAGGCUGCCAGGGAAGAAAUCUGCAACAAACUCCAGAUCACAAGUGCAGAAGACCAACGCCGUUUCGUCGACAAGUUUCUUCACAUGCAUGAAAGAGCUGAGCAUCUUGGUCGGAAAUGUCUUUCAGCGCCUGGUGAUGGGGCGCUUGACAAUGGAUGGAGAGAAACCAUUGAAGCUUCAAUGCAGACCCCUAGCUUCGACUAA